GCAGACUGUGACAUAUAAAAGCUGUUAGCUGCUCCUGCAGCCAGCAGCAUUCAAACCUUGCAGAGUUUUGCUCUCUGAGUUUGUAAUAAGACACACUCUUACAAGAGUUCAUGCUACAACCUAGCAAAGAACUUUAAAUUUUUGGAAGAACAGUAUAUUCAUUUUGGCAUUGUGCAGAGCAAACUCGGUGGCCUCUUCUCCACCCCUCAAAAUGAUAGCAAUCUCUGCAGUCAGCAGCGCACUCCUGUUCUCCCUUCUCUGUGAAGCAAGUGCAGUCGUCUUACUCAAUUCCACUGACUCAUCCCCGCCAACCAAUAAUUUCACUGAUAUUGAAGCAGCACUAAAAGCACAACUAGAUUCUGCGGAUAUCCCUAAAGCCAGGCGGAAGCGCUACAUUUCGCAGAAUGACAUGAUCGCCAUUCUUGAUUACCAUAAUCAAGUUCGGGGGAAAGUGUUCCCACCAGCUGCGAACAUGGAAUAUAUGGUUUGGGAUGAAAAUCUUGCAAAAUCUGCAGAGGCUUGGGCAGCUACUUGCAUUUGGGACCAUGGACCUUCUUACUUACUGAGAUUUUUGGGCCAAAAUCUGUCGGUACGAACUGGAAGAUAUCGCUCUAUUCUCCAGCUGGUCAAGCCAUGGUAUGAUGAAGUGAAAGAUUAUGCUUUUCCAUAUCCUCAGGAUUGCAACCCCAGAUGUCCUAUGAGAUGUUUUGGCCCCAUGUGCACACAUUAUACGCAGAUGGUCUGGGCCACCUCCAAUCGGAUAGGAUGUGCAAUUCAUACUUGCCAAAACAUGAAUGUUUGGGGAGCUGUAUGGCGACGCGCAGUUUACCUGGUGUGCAACUAUGCCCCAAAGGGCAAUUGGAUUGGAGAAGCACCAUAUAAAGUAGGGGUACCAUGUUCAGCUUGCCCUCCAAGUUAUGGAGGAUCUUGUACUGACAAUCUUUGUUUUCCAGGAGUAACAUCAAACUACCUAUACUGGUUUAAAUAAGCUUAUCUUUUCCUUCAGGAAAUAGAAUGGUUUCUGGGAAUAGGCAUAUAUAUAUAUUGAGUUUUGCACAUAGUAUACAUAUUUUAUAAUAAUCUUGUUUUCCUUUUAUUAUUCAUUGUAUAAAUUUGUGUUUGUCUAGUAUGUUUGCUUCAUCUUGAAGUAACCAAAACAUCCAUUUCUAUCUUCUGAUCUCUAAGCCCAAAUUAAAAUAUUGUAGAUAUAGUAUUGACAUAGUUGAUGCAUCCAAUCCCAAAACUUGCUUUCCAAAGGAAUUAUGUUAUGUUUGUAAGGAAUAAAAUAUAUACUUGACUUAUAUGUGUGCGUGUAUAUAGAUACAUAUAUACACAUAUGUAUAUUUAUAUACAUGCACACACAUAUAAUAGAUUAUGUAACGCAGACAAUAACGUGAUUCAGUAGUUAACUUGAGGGAAAUUUUUAAAAACACUAUUCUGAAAUAUAUAUGAGGUGGUGGGACAUCUUCAGCACCCAUUUCUAUAAUUCCUACAAAGUGAUAAAUUGCAAAUAAUACUCAGUGAUAUCUGGACAUAAUAAUUUAAUUGAUCACCCAAGAUUUCAUUCUGGAGGUAUAUUUUGUCUUAUUUGGGUUCACCAAAGGAUAUGCUCAACUUAUGUAAGUGUCAAAUCAUGGUUUUUGUUUAAUCACUUUUAUUGAAUCAGUAAUCAUGUGUCGAGUGCUUACUGUGUGCAAGGCACUCUGCUCGUUAUGUUCUGAAAAUGCAAAGAUAACGAGAUACAGUUCCUGCCUUCAAGAAGCUCACAAAAAUAUUCAGAAAAUAAUGCAGUUUAAUGAUUUUGCUAUAAAUUUACAGUUUUUUUUAAAUUGAUUUUAAUGUAAGUUUGAGGAAGUAGAUGCCACCAUGCUCACCUGUUGGGGGAAUAGGUGAUAAGACACCCUCUAUAAUAUGUGAGGCUUCUGAUUAGCAUGAAAAUGUAGCUACAAUGCUUGGAACUAAAAGAGGCAGGACAAGAAUUAACUGCCCAGGGAUAACUGUAUUAGAGUAAAUAGUUGUGACUUUGGAAGACAGAAAACAAAACGCGAAAAAAAUUCUGAGAAAGCCCAAGAGAAUUAAGGUAUGAAAAGUCACAGAAAAACAGUUACUGCACAAAAAAAUAUAGGCGGAGAGCUUCAGAAGGGCCUAUCCUGAGAGUGUAGCAUAUCUUGAGGCCCGUCAGCAGAGGGUAAAGGAUGCCAGAAAAAAAACAAAAACAAAAACAAAAAC